UCUCUUGUUUCUAGCUAAAAAAAGGACCCUUCAAAGUCGCAAUUAAUUUAGAAGAAUGGGUGUUGUGAGUUAUGAGUUUGAGACUACCUCUCCAAUCUCCGCAGCCAGGCUUUUCAAAGCCAUUACUUUUGAAGCCGACAAGCUUUUCCCCAAGGCUGCCCCUCAUGCAGUCAAGAGUGUUGAACUCCAGGGUAACGGUGGCCCUGGAACUCUUGUCAAGAUCAACUUUGCUGAAGGCGUUCCAUUCCAGUAUGUGAAGCACCAUAUUGAUGCAGUUGACGAAGCCAAUUUGACCUACAGUUACAGUGUGAUCGAAGGUGGGCCUUUGGGAGACAAGCUUGAAAAAAUCUCUUUCGACAACAAGUUGGCAGCUGCAGGUGAAGGGACCCUUGUCAAGAGCUCAAUGAAGUUCUUCACCAUUGGUGAUUCCACCUUCACUGAAGAUGAAAUUAAGGAACAAAUUCAAAGAAUGGAUGGAGUUUACAAGGCUGUUGAAGCUUACCUCUUGGCUAACCCCGAUGUCUGCAACUAA